AUUAGUGGUGAGCAAGCAGCGAACGACAACGUCGCAGAAUGACAACGAACGUAACGUUAAAUAAUAAUAAUCUUGAUAAUAAUAUUAAUAAUAAUAUUAUCAAUAAUAAUAAUAAUAAUCGCGCAGGAGAUAGUAUAGGGCGUGGAUGCGAUCAGUUUGUCGGUACCAGUGGAGACAUACGUCGUAGGAAUAAUCAUAUAAUGUCGGAAGAUGUACAUGAAGUAGCGACAGAUAUGCAACCAAUUGAGUUUGCAUUAACCAAAUCUAUUGGAGUUAUUCUUGAAGAGAAAGGGUAUUAUGUAUCUAAAGAAUUUGUGGAUCAAUUAACUGAAUUAACAGCAUUAUAUUUCCAUAAUUUCAUAAAAUCAUUAUUGGAUGUAACUCAAUCUCAACGACGGAGAGUUCCAACUUUGAGUGAUUUUAGUUUAAUCCUUAGAUUACGGAAAACUCAUCCAAUAGACCUUCUUAAAGAAUAUUAUCAAUUUAAUAGACGAUUAUCUAAAACUUCUAGAGAUAAAUUAAAAAGCAUUAGUGUGGAUACAAUCCAAUUACUUGAAAGGAUUCAAUCACAAGAUGUAAUUCUUGAUGAAACUGACGAAUCAUUACCAUUCUUUAUUAAUGAAAAUUAUGAAAUAGCAGCAAUUCUUCCUGAAAAGUCUUCAAAACCAAACUAUAUACCGUCAUACCUCCCUGAACUUCCACCUGAUUAUACCUAUCAAAAUACUUCUGAUUAUACAAAGAGAUUAAAUGAUUUAAAGCAAUUAAGAAUUAAGUUGGUGGAAGAAUCAAGAUUGACUCAAAAAUCAUUAUACGGGUUGAUUGAUGAUGAUGAGAAUAAGUGGAAGAAGUCCAUUGAAGAUCAAGUCACUCAGGCUGAGGUAGAAGAACUUAUAAAGGCUCGAACAAAUGAAGACAAAGAAUCUACAGAAGAUGAGCAGAAACCAGAAGUAGUCGUAGAUGAUGAAAAGAACAAAGAAUCCGAAGAAAUAGAGAAAGAUUCUGAACAAGAGGUGAAGAUAGUAGAACCAGAAUCGGAAGAUAUACUAAAGGACAAAAUAAUAGAGCAAAGCCAGGUUGAAGGAGUACCAGAAAAGAAGUCAGAUGAAGUGGAGGAAGUCAUUGUUGUUGAUGGUGAAGCAAAAAUAGAAGAAGAAUCAGUUAAGAAGCAGCCACCACCACCAUUCGUGUUUGAUUUUGAAGCAUAUGCGAAGAAGAGACGACUAAUUUCUGAAAAGAAGGAACAACGCAUUCAAGCAAAACGUCAAUUACGUGGCAAUAACAUUUACAUGAAAGCUGAACAGUACUACUCUCCAUAUGCUACUGCUCGUCCCACUGCGGAAAUUAAUAAUUAUUUUACGAAUAUAUUAGAUGAAUCGUUCAAGUCUGUCAUCAAACAAAUUAGAAUAGAUGAUUCAGUUAAACAGAAGAAAAUCCAACAAUUAUUGGAGCAAAGGGCUAUUAAAGAAAAAGAAAGAGAGCUUGAACGUGAAAAGCAACAAGAACUGAUGACUUUCCAAUUUGAUAAUUUGGUCUCUUCACUGGAUGAUGAUGAUGAUGAUGAUGAUUUCCCAGACUUUUCCUCUGUUCCAAAAGAGACAGCCAUUGAGAAGAGUGUAUCAAAUCAAGAAUCACAUUCUCCAAUAGACGAGGAAAGUAAUAAUAUAGAUACAGAUAUAAUUAGUGGUGUUCCUGAUCAAGAAGAGAAUACAGAGACAAAUCAAGAAAACAUUACAGAGGAUAAUAAAGAAGAGAGUCCAGAAAAGAAUCUAAAAGAUGAUCAAGGUGAUCAAAUUGAACAUGACAAUGACAAUGUAGAAUUGCAUAGCCAAGCAAAUGAAGAUCACGAUAGCGAACAAAUUGAUAGCGAUGAAUUCGAAGAAGAACUUGAAAACCUCUUGGAACAAAAUGAAGAACCAAUCGGUUCAAACAAUAGUGCUGCCCCCGUGCAAGCAGAUUCAGAACUGGAUUCCGAAAUGGAUUUUGAAGAUCUAUAGUUUACAAAUAUAUAGAAAAUUAAUUUAUACUAAAGUUGUAAGAUUGAGAGCUUUUCCUACUAUGUAAUUAAUCAGUAUGACUACCUAUUCU